AUGAAGCCUUGUAGCACCACUGAAAUUAACCCUCUCCCUUUCACUCAUAAUCAGAAUAUUGCCUGGGAUUAUGCAAACCCUAGUUCAAUGGGAGAAGAUCAGGACUCGUAUCUACAAUAUUGCUUCUUCCCAGAUCCUUUUCUGGACGACGAUCAUGACCUAUUCUUGAGCCACUUUUUCCAGCAACAGCAACAACACCACCUCUUGAUCCCCGCUGGCAAUGCCAAUUGGGACCAACAAGAGCGAGAGCGAGAGCAGGAGAAGCUGACACCCGAUGAUAAUUGGAAGAAGCAAAACUCGGGGAAGACGAAGAAAUUAUGUAGUAGAAAAAUUGGGAAGAAGGACAGACACAGUAAGAUCUGCACAGCACAGGGCCCUAGAGACCGGAGAAUGAGGCUGUCCCUUCAGAUUGCUAGGAAGUUCUUCGACCUCCAAGACAUGCUAGGUUUUGACAAAGCCAGCAACACCAUAGACUGGCUUCUUUCCCACUCCAAUUCCGCCAUUAAAAAGCUCAAAGAUAGCUUAAACCUAAACAACAACAACCACAGCGCCUAUAGCUAUGGGAGCCAGGUCUCUUGUGGCUCCAGCGAGGCUGUGUCAGAGCUCACAACAAGGGACAAUAAUGUUGCUUCUGGUAAAGAAAGUGCUUUUAUGGCCACUCCCACUCCCAGCUCCAAACUCAAAAAGGGCAGGCAAUUACGUACUGUUGCCAGAGAGUCAAGGGAUAGGGCAAGAGCUAGGGCAAGGGAAAGAACAAAGGAGAAAUUGAUUCUCAAAAGUGCUUCCACUUCCACCAUUUCUGAUCAUCCCCAACAUUUUCCAUCCAUACUCCAAACCCUUUGCUCAGGUAAUUCUGAUCAUCAUCAUCAUCCAACUCCUAAUUUCUUGCCCUAA